GACGGGUUGCAAUCACUAAUUGGGUUAAACCUUGUACUAGAAUCGAAAACGAAACAAGAAAUCAAAUUAAAUUUGUUAUUUAGUGUAACUGUAAAGAAAUCAGGAUAUUUACGAAAUGGCUGAAGGAGGUGGCUUCACAUCAAUCAGAGACGGCUCAGAUGCUGAUUUCGAAAUUGUCUGUACACCGUGUGGGGAAGAUAAUAUCAGAGAAGAAGCUGUCAAAUUUUGCGUAGAAUGCAAUCAAUAUCUUUGUACAACGUGUGCUAGAUGUCAUAGAAGGAUAGCAGCUUCGAAAUCUCACAAGCUUCUGGAUACAGAUGAUGCUAAAAACGCACCAGUAGCUGCCAUGGUAACGAAAUGUCGAUACCAUCCAGAUAGAGACAUUGAGAUGUACUGUGGAACACAUGACAUGGUCUACUGUACAAAAUGUAUAGCCACAGAACAUAGGGCUUGUGAGAGUAUUAAAAACAUAGAAGACGUAACAACACCUUUUUUCCAACAAAAUGAAAUACAAGGUUUACAAGAUGAAGCUAAAGCUAUUCACGAACAGCUAAUAGCUGCAAACAAGAAGAAACAGAAAAAUGUCGGUUCUUUUGAAAAGCAAAGAAACGAAAUAUUACGCAAUAUUCAAGAUAUCGAAAGAAAUGUAAUAGAACAUAUCGGGAAAUUAAAAAGAGAAGCAGCUGAGAGUUUGAACAAAAUGUAUUCUGAAAUAAAUAGCGAAAUGGAAUCGGAAAUCACCUUGACGGCCAAUACAAUAACAGAAGUCGACAAGUUAACAAGUAUGUUGCAAACUGUAAGCAAUAUGAGUUUUAGACAACAGUUUGUUCAAAUGAAACUGAUACAAAGGACUGUAAAAGAUGCUAAGAAAUUGUUCGAAGAAAGUGAGUCACACGGUACUAGGGUUGCUCGUUUUACUGAAAAUACAGAUUUAAAAACCGUUAUAAUGACUGCCACAGAUUUAGGACGAUUGGAGACAAUGAAUAAACAUCAGAAGUUGCCUACUCCAAAACAAUACAAAUUGAAAUCGAAGAGAGAGAUUCAUGUCAGAAUGCAAAAUGAUGUUAAGAGAUGUCAUAUAUCUGAUACAUGCCAGCUUCAUGACGGUACGGUCAUUCUCACUGACUAUAAUAACCAAAAAGUAAAAUGGCUCGACAUGGAGUAUAAAGUAAAAUCUCAUUGUGAUCUAAAUGCCUGUCCUACAGGCAUUUGCUGUACUGCUCAUAAUGAAGUUGCUGUGAAAACGGACAAAAAUAAAGUUCAGUUUAUAUCAGUUGAUAAUUCGUUAUCGAUACUGAGAGAUAUAUCGAUAGAAGGUGGAGCUUACUGGGGAAUGGCUUAUACUGCUGGAGAUUUGUGGGUAUCUACCGGAAGUGGUGUCAACGUGUACAAUAGAUCAGGUACACUUCUGAACUCUAUCAGCAAUAACGUGAAUGGACAGAAAGUAUUUAAAUCUUUGUCUCAGCAUAUUGCUGUCAGUAGAGAGAAUGUUAUUGUAACAGAUAACAGUGAUGGAGCUGUGUGUUUAGGAAGAGAUGGAACAGUGAAAAGUGAACUGCGGGAUAGAAGGCUGAACUACACCAAAGGUGUGUGUGUAUCUAGUGAUGGCAACGUGUUUCUGUCUGGACUUAGCUCCCACAAUAUUGUGAUGUUUAGUGGUGAUGGAAAAUGUCAGGGAGAGCUGCUAAAUCAAGAAACUGGGCUUACAAUGCCUAGUUCGCUCUACUACGACAACAAAAGAAAUUGCCUAAUUCUAACACGCCAUACAGGUUGUGAUAGUAUUUACAUACUUGAAAUGUGCGAUUGAUUUAAAGGAAUACAGACAGAUACUGUAAAAAAAACUUAGGCCAACAGGAUAUGACGAUCAAUUGCAUACAUUUGUCAAGACCUUGCAAAUUCGUAGUUUAAUUGAAUUAUAUACCAUAUCUGUUUCCUAGUCUGAUUAUUUAGAUAGUUACCACAAAAGUCAAAAAAUAGCCUUUGUGAACUGGCAAAUGUCUUUGACGGUUUGCAUUCUCAUAGUGAUAUAUAACCUUAGCAAUAAAGAAUGCAAUAAUUGUUUCUCAAAGGGUGUGAGAAGUUAGACCAAAUAGAUUUAUGUUUAAAAUGUAUAACUUUGAGAAUCGUGGAUCAUAGUAAAUCUUGACAAUUUUAGAAAACUUUAUUCCAUUGGAAAAGUAUAUUCGUUCUUUAAAGUUGCAAGUUAUUGAUACACUACGUUAUUCAUAAGUACUCAGUGCCUAAGUAUAUACAAUGUGUUUUAUAAAGCAAACCUAAAUUAUUGUGAAGCAAAUAGUAGUCACAGAAAUAAAAGCAUAUAUCACAUACCGGUAUUUAUACUGUAAUUAAAUAUGUCGUAUUUCGA